AUGCUUAAACAUAUGUACAGAAGUGAGAAAAGAUCUAAAAAAAUUCAAAUAAUUCAUCCGUUUGAUCAUUUCUCAUCUCCACCCAUCAUCACAAAUGAAUCGGUCGCUUCCAUAAAAGCCAAUCUGGCUAAAUCAGAUUUUCAUGAUGAGAAUUAUAAGAAUAAUUAUGAGAAUGAUCAUUUGGAUAUCAACGAACUGGAACGAUGCCAAACAAAUUCCACAGAGUUCUUAAACACUUUCAUAUUUGUGACAUUUUGUUGUAUUUGUUACAGAAUAUACUUGACUCCAUCAGUCUUGGACAGCCUUCCUGAUCCUCCAUCCAUUUCGAUUAAAGAUCUUCAGCGGACUAUACAAAUGAAUGAUCGAAAGGAGAGAAUCCAGUUACCUCAGCCAAUUCCGAGAUGGUCAUCGACUACUAGAGAAGCUACAUAUGCAGUUCCGCCUCCUCCCCCCGCACAUGCGACAAGCUUGUAUCAUAAGCCACAGACUUUGACUUCUUCUAUUCAUUCUCCUGUAUCAAAUGCUUCUUCUAUAAUUUCUAGUUCAUCUCUAAAUGGACUGGCCAUGAUAGAUGAUGAGAUUGAGUUCAAUACAUUAGAUAAGCCUCUCUCGCAACAUAUAGCACAUGAGCUAAGAAAGAAGUUCCGCAACAUCAAUCAAUCAUUCGAUAACAGAGAAAUAGAGUUUUAA